UCUACGCCAUGACGUUGACGAGGAAGUGAACACGUGUGGGGGAAAAUAAGGUAUCCACGCUUGCUGUGAGGCCACAAACCGUGAGAAGGUAAAGUUAUUGUUAUAGCUAAUCCGAUUUGUCAAACAGAUCUGGUAAACAUUAAAAUGUAGCUCUAUAACUGUAGUAUGUAUGGGAACCAGCCCGUGGUCUUGGAAAAUGUGUUCAGUUAACGUUACUCAACUUGUAAAUUUGAGGCAACUUCCACUCCACUAGCUAGAUUGCUAACGUUAGCCAAAUGCAUUGCGUCGUAAUUUAUUGCAAUUAAUGUGGUGGUAGUUGUCAUAUUUGUAGCUAUGUGCCAUUGUAGUUGUAUAAUCAUCGUUGGAUACUCUACAUCUUAUAAUAAGCUAAAUUGCCAAAUUGGGCUAACUGAGAUUAGAGCUAUUUAAUGAGUAGAUUGGCUUGGCUAGUAGUAACUCAUUGAUAGUUAGCUAACAGUAGCAAGUGUGUAAUCAUCUUGACGGGUAUUUUAUUUUGUUUCAGAAAAGUUCUGUCAACUGUAAAACUUCAACAUGGCUGUCAGGGCAUCUUUCGAGAAGAACAACGAAAUAGGCUGCUUCGCCAAAUUAACAAACACAUAUUGUCUAGUUGCAAUUGGCGGGUCAGAGAACUUCUACAGGUAAGAGAUGUGGCUUCUCUUCCAGACGUAGUUAGCUAGCUGAUCAGAUCGAACCUCCAGCGGCAUAGCUACGCUAACUAGCUUGUGCUUGAGGUUGAUCCGAUAGCCCAUUUAAAACCUUGAUUUGGUGAUACUUCCCUAAUUUUCGCCUUGGAAGACACCGGUGACUUCUAAACUCCCAUUGCUAGUUGUAUGUGGAACGUAGGAAUUUAGGAAAUGCUCCAUUAAAUGAAAUUAAUUUUACGCCAUGAAGUAAUCACAAUUUAUACGCCACCAUAUUUUCCAUUUCCGAUCUUCUCUCAUUGAUAAAGACAGGUGAUUGUCAUUCAAAGCACACUUUUUUUUUCCUGAGUCACGCUCAUGAAACAGCACUUUGGGUUGGACACUCACAUUUACGUCACAUUUACGUCACCUGGCUUGAUCAAGAGAACAGAGCAUAAGAGUAAAUUCCAUAACAAAUGGACAAGUACAUUUGUAUUGUAUUGAAAGCUUACAGAGAGUAUUGUCAGCUUUCUCCAGGGAAUGUUGUUAUAAAUGAGCAUAGAGUACCAUAGUAUAAGUCAUAAUACCCUAGCGGUCAAACAGGGAAAUGGUUCCAAUUGUUUUUCCACCAUUCAUUUUUCCCAUAGGGGAUUUUACUCUUAAAAUAAGGGCUGUGUUUUGUGUAGGCUUACCCUGUCAUGACGUUUUGAUAACAGUAGAAAUCUCUCUAGGACAAGGUGACUUAUCAAUAUAUUCACCUGAAUUUACCUCCCAAAAAUGAAAUGCUUAUUAGAUGCUAAUGUGGCUAUCAUAAAGAACUACAAAUGCCAUGAUUAUCUGGACGAGGCUGCCGAAUCGAGGCAAAGGUAGGAAUUUCUGGAUUAACUAUCUAAUGUUAGCUAAAUGUAGUAAAGAAUAAAUUGGCUACAUUUCUUUAAAUUGACAAUUCUGUGAAUUGUCUACUGCAAGUUUUAAAUUGACACAAUACCUGUUAGCAAAGGUAUCGGCUCACAGGAGGUUGGUGGCACCUUAAUUGGGGAGGAUGGGCUCGUGGUAAUGGCUGGAGUGGAAUGAGUGGAAUGGUAUCAAAUCAAAUCAAAUCAAAUUUUAUUGGUCACAUGCGCCGAAUACAACAGGUGCAGACAUUACAGUGAAAUGCUUACUUACAGCCCUUAACCAACAGUGCAUUUAUUUUAAGCAAAAAAGUAAGAAUAAAACAACAACAAAAAAAGUGUUGAGAAAAAAAGAGCAGAAGUAAAAUAAAGUGACAGUAGGGAGGCUAUAUAUACAGGGGGGUACCGUUGCAGAGUCAAUGUGCGGGGUAUCAAACACAUAGUUUCCAUGUGUUUGAUGCCAUUCCAUUUGCUCUGUUCCGGCUAUUAUUAUGAGCCGUCCUCCACUCAGAAGCCUCCACUCUAUCAGUAGAGAUGGCGUGCAGGAGCUUGCAGGGAUUUGUAGUUUUGCAUGAUGUCUACUUUGAUGCUAAUUAGGAUUUUAGAAUCUGAGAGUAAAUAGAGCCGAAUAUGUUGAUAAAUGUCACCUUGUCCGAGAGAGAUUAACAUGGUUAUCAAAACGUCACGCCAGGGUAAGCCCUUAUUUUACGUUUCUAAAAUCCCCUAUGGGGAAAACGAAUGGUGUAAAAACGAUUGGAACCAUUUCCCUGUUUGACCGCCAGGUUUUAUGAGUAUUAUGACACCUUCGCUGUGGGGCUCUAUUUCUGUCAUGGUAACAUGUAAUUUAUGAUUACAGUGUCUUUGAAGGCGAGUUGUCAGAAACCAUCCCAGUUGUACAUGCCUCAAUAGCAGGAUGUCGGAUAAUUGGAAGAAUGUGUGUGGGUGAGUAUAACAGAUUAACGUUGAAGGUCAAACAGCUAGGCUUUGUGCAAGUGCACAAAGAAACACAAAGCAAUGUCAUCAGUUCAACAGGAGAGUGGAAUAAUCAAUUACGCUUUAUGUAAGACCAAUUAUGUUCUUUAUAUUUUCUGAAAAUAAUUUAGGUAAUUGACUGUCAUGAUGAAUGUGCUAAAUUUAAAACAAUUUUUGCACUUAGCCCAGCGAACCCUGCUCAACUACUUACACACUAUGUUUGCUCUUCAGGGAAUCGUCAUGGACUCCUGGUGCCCAACAACACCACGGACCAGGAGCUGCAGCACAUUAGGAAUUGUCUUCCAGACACGGUGAAGAUCCAGAGGGUAGAGGAGAGGCUCUCAGCACUGGGGAAUGUCGUAGCCUGUAAUGACUAUGUGGCGCUGGUGCAUCCUGAUCUGGACAGGGUGAGAAAAAAACAACUGUCACUUGCCUCAUACCGCUUACGUUUGUCAUGCAUGAUUGCAGUGCUGCCAACUCUCACGCAUUGGGCGUGAGACACGCAUUUGACCCUCUUCACACGCCACACUUAUUUCUCACACAUUGAAGAAAGUACUGCUUUUAUUUUCGAAUUCAGUGCGUUAACUUUCAACUGUGCCUCCAAAUUGCUUUGAAAUGGGAGCAUAUGCGCCUGCAAUUCUACAUCAUAAGCAUUGUAACCUCGGCAGCUUCACCUGGGAGAUCCACCAUUUUCUGCCACCACACUGUGAACCGUGGCAGAUUGAAACUUGUGAUUCGUUUAGUAAAGGGCCUGGGACCAAGGCGAUUGGAUGCGCGUUUGUAAAGAAAUUGCCCUCACGAUUUGAGUGGCGCAUACUGGACAGGCAUGUUGGUUCUCCGCUGAACAAAGUUAAUGAACUCAAUUGUCAAAAGAGCAGCACGGCAACUUGUAGCACUGUUUUGUACACAUAAUUGUCAACAAAUGAAUUUGCUGUCACUCCUGUCGCAGAGUGCUUCCUUCUGACAGCAUGUGAUUAAUAUAGCCUGCUACUAGUUAUUCAAUCCCCCAUUUGCAUGAGCCUAGAUCCAUAGGCUACAUUAUUCACCUCAGUUGGUCAUUGGCAAUUUAGCACUAGGUUCAUUAGGCUGUUACAUUGAAAAAGGCAGCGUUCAGCAGGGCAUUUGGUAGUGUGACCUGAUUGGUCUGACUGUAUUAGGAACAUUAUUUUGCCCAAUCACAUUGUGAACCCAAAUGUCUAACGGAUUCUAGUGGGUCUGGGGGGACAAUACAUUGAAAGUUAAUUUGGGUUGGGUGUUAGGGGCAGAUUUAGCGUAUGUCAUCUUGUCUUAAGGAGAUUUAUCUGUUCCAUUUUUUUUUGUCUUUCACAAUAGCUGAUGUAAGUCAUUAGAACAUUUUACAUUUACAUUUUAGUCAUUUAGCAGACGCUCUUAUCCAGAGCGACUUACAGUUAGCGAAUAGAUCUUUUUUUUUUUUUUUUUUUUUUUUUUUUUAUACUGGCCCCCCGUGGGAAUCAAACCCACAACCCUGGCGUUGCAAACGCCAUGCUCUAUCAACUGAGCUACAUCCCUGCCGGCCAUUCCCUCCCCUACCCUGGACGACGCUGGGCCAAUUGUGCGCCGCCCCAUGGGUCUCCCGGUCGCGGCCGGCUGCGACAGAGCCUGGAUUCGAACCAGGAUCUCUGGUGGCACAGUUAACACUGCGAUGCAGUGCCUUAGACCACUGCGCCACUCGGAACAAUUCCCAUCCCCUACAAGGGGCUAAAAUAUAGACUAAUUAGUGUUCUAAUCUCUGUUAUUUCUCAUAUUAUUUAACUUCUUACCAAUUUUGCUGGUGUAAUUAGGCUAUUUGAAAUCUGAUAUGCCAACUCGUGUCUUUUGAUUUUAAAUGUUUUUCAAUGGGGGUAUUUUUGUAAGCAUUUAAGUCAGUGGUUCCCAAACUGUGGGGCGCGCUAGUAAUAAUUACCGUAUAAAUUGCGUUUAAAAAGGAAACUCAGAUACGUUUUAAACUUUGUUUGACAAGUGGCUCUGUAAGGUCAUGAAAUUACCUUUUAAAUUAUAUACAGUGGGGAGAACAAGUAUUUGAUACACUGCCGAUUUUGCAGGUUUUCCUACUUACAAAGCAUGUACAGGUCUGUACUUUUUAUCAUAGGUACACUUCAACUGUGAGAGACGGAAUCUAAAACAAAAAUCCAGAAAAUCACAUUGUAUGAUUUUUAAGUAAUUCAUUUGCAUUUUAUUGCAUGACAUAAGUAUUUGAUACAUCACAAAAGCAGAACUUUAAUAUUUGGUACAGAAACCUUUGUUUGCAAUUACAGAGAUCAUACGUUUCCUGUAGGUCUUGACCAGGUUUGCACACACCGCAGCAGGGAUUUUGGCCCACUCCUCCAUACAGACCUUCUCCAGAUCCUUCAGGUUUCGGGGCUGUCGCUGGGCAAUACAGACUUUCAGCUCCCUCCAAAGAUUUUCUAUUGGGUUCAGGUCUGGAGACUGGCUAGGCCACUCCAGGACCUUGAGAUGCUUCUUACGGAGCCACUCCUUAGUUGCCCUGGCUGUGUGUUUCGGGUCGUUGUCAUGCUGGAAGACCCAGCCACGACCCAUCUUCAAUGCUCUUACUGAGGGAAGGAGGUUGUUGGCCAAGAUCUCGCGAUACAUGGCCCCAUCCAUCCUCCCCUCAAUACGGUGCAGUCGUCCUGUCCCCUUUGCAGAAAAGCAUCCCCAAAGAAUGAUGUUUCCACCUCCAUGCUGCACGGUUGGAAUGGUGUUCUUGGGGUUGUACUCAUCCUUCUUCUUCCUCCAAACACGGCGAUUGGAGUUUAGACCAAAAAGCUCUAUUUUUUGUCUCAUCAGACCACAUGACCUUCUCCCAUUCCUCCUCUGGAUCAUCCAGAUGGUCAUUGGCAAACUUCAGACGGGCCUGGACAUGCGCUGGCUUGAGCAGGGGGACCUUGCGUGUGCUGCAGGAUUUUAAUCCAUGACGGCGUAGUGUGUUACUAAUGGUUUUCUUUGAGACUGUGGUCCCAGCUCUCUUCAGGUCGUUGACCAGGUCCUGCCGUGUAGUUCUGGGCUGAUCCCUCACCUUCCUCAUGAUCAUUGAUGCCCCACGAGGUGAGAUCUUGCAUGGAGCCCCAGACCGAGGGUGAUUGACCGUCAUCUUGAACUUCUUCCAUUUUCUAAUAAUUGCGCCAACAGUUGUUUCCUUUCUCAUCAAGCUGCUUGCCUAUUGUCCUGUAGCCCAUCCCAGCCUCUCUGGUCUUGGCCAUUGUGGAGAGGUUGGAGUCUGUUUGAUUGAGUGUGUGGACAGGAGUCUUUUAUACAGGUAACGAGUUCAAACAGGUGCAGUUAAUACAGGUAAUGAGUGGAGAACAGGAGGGCUUCUUAAAGAAAAACUAACAGGUCUGUGAGAGCUGGAAUUCUUACUGGUUGGUAGGUGAUCAAAUACUUAUGUCAUGCAAUAAAAUGCAAAUUAAUUACUUAAAAAUCAUACAAUGUGAUUUUCUGGAUUUUUGUUUUAGAUUCCGUCUCUCACAGUUGAAGUGUACCUAUGAUAAAAAUUACAGACCUCUACAUGCUUUGUAAGUAGGAAAACCUGCAAAAUCGGCAGUGUAUCAAAUACUUGUUCUCCCCACUGUAUAUAAUAUAACCAACUUUGAAAACACCAGCUAGCUAUAACUGUGGUUUAAAAAUCGCCUAUAUUUAUGGUAAGAAUUUGCCCAAAAAGCUGUCCGAAUUGCUGUUUUCUGAAAAUUCUAAUGUCAAUUGUACAAUAUGGGCGAUUGGUUAUAUUAUAUACAAUUUGAAAGGUAAUUUCAUGACCUUUCAGACCCAUUUGUUCAACUAGUUUUAAAAUGUACUACGGUUUCCUUUUUAAAUAAGUGUAUACAGGUAAUUCUGAUAUGUAUCCUGGAAGUCAAAGUCCUGUUGACCUGAACAUUACGAAAAUGUGUCUGAUGGAUAGCUGUGUAUCAAAGCUUUCCAAUGAUAUAUGUUUAAAGGGUAUAAGUGAGCAAUAAUUUGUUGUAUAUUGACAUUGGGGAAAAAGGAAUGGGAUGGAGGGAUGAAAGGAAGAGUGAUAACAGAGAAAGCUGCACUGCUAUCACACAUUUUCCAACUCUAGGGACAUAGACCUUAAAAAAAUUAAAAGACACCACCAGGCAAAUGCUCACCUUCGAUGGCCACUGGCACGCUGGAGAAGUGUGCACUUCAUGGAUGAAUCCCGGUUUCAACUGUGCUGGGCAGAUGGCAUUUAAGUCAGUGGUUCCCAAACUGUGGUGUCGUGUGGACGAGCGGUUUGCUGACGUCAAUGUUGUGAACAGUGCCCCCCCCCCCCCCCCCCCCCCCCCCCACCCACUUGGGAGGCCCCCCUAGUUUUUUUUUUUAAAGGUAUGUGACCAACAGAUGCAUAUCUGUAUUCCCAGUCAUGUGAAGUCCAUAGAUUAGGGGCGUAAUGAAUUUAUUUCAAUUGACUGAUUUCCUUACAUGAACUGUAACUCUUUGAAGUUGUUGCAUGUUGCGAUUUUAUAUUUUUGUUUUAUAUUAAUAGCUAACAACAUGGCUACACGGAUUAUCUUGUAUUUUAUAAAUGUUUUGUUUUUGCACUCUCUUUGCACACUCAUGGCCCUUCAUUAUGCUAGGAUUUGAUCAACACUAGUGGCACCUGCUGGUCAAAGAAAUUGAGAGCAGGCAUAUUAUUAUAGAUGACGUCCCACACACCGUAGCGCGUGCGCAGGGUAGCCUUUUUCUCUUAUAACAAACCAAUCACGUGGUUGUUCAGCGAAACAAAGCCUCGGACGUCAUUGAUCACGUGAUUCUGAUAAAGUGAUACAGGCAUCGGCACACUGUUUAGCGAUUUCGGCGCAUGCCUCGGAGAUCCGGUAUCCAACGUAACAUCAUUACUAUAUACCUCAUUCAUACAUCAAAAGUUUAUUUUCAAAUGCAACUAUUUUAGCAGGUUACAUUUAUGUCACAAUUUCAAACGCUAAGAUGUUUGUGGAAUAUGUCAAGUGCCGUGCAAAUAUGUUACCCAAGGGGUGGCACACAAUUGGCCCAGCGUCGUCCAGGGUAGGGGAGGGAAUGGCCGGCAGGGAUGGAGCUCAGUUGGUAGAGCAUGGCGUUUGCAACGCCAGGGUUGUGGGUUCGAUUCCCACGGGGGGCCAGUAUGAAAAAAGAAUGUAUGCACUCACUAACUGUAAGUCGCUCUGGGUAAGAGCGUCUGCUAAAUGACUAAAAUGUAAAUGUUACGUUUUUGAGGUGUAUUGGAACAACCAGUCAUUGGAACAUACUGCAAACUUAUUCCCUUCAGCCAGCCCCAUUUCACAUUUUAAAACACUAACAUUGGAGUCCUCUGAAUUAUUUUAAUGUGUACUUGAACACAAUAGAUUUUUAUGGUCAUCCCUAGUACAUUGUCUGAUGUAGGGGACGUUGACACACUUCCCAUGUUUGUUUAGGAGACUGAGGAGAUCCUGGCAGACAGUCUGAAGGUGGAGGUGUUCCGGCAGACAGUAGCAGAGCAAGUUCUAGUGGGGAGCUACUGUGCCUUCAGCAAUCAGGGGGGACUGGUACACCCCAAGACAUCCAUAGAAGACCAGGAUGAGCUCUCCUCCCUACUCCAAGUGCCUCUGGUGGUGAGUGAUGCUGCUUAUGCUCAUUUGUACAUCGUCCUUAGCCCCGACUGCAAGGCUCAUGUAGAUCUGAAUCAAUCUGAUACAUAUAAGCAAUGUGGUAAUAGAUCUACCUUGUCCUAUGAUAGGCUAAGUGGACAUUUCUCCAUAUUGUUUUUGUUUUUUUAUCUACUUAAGUGCCCAGGGGGGCACGUUGCAUGAAGUUGGUGCUGAGUUCUUGAGUCGUUCCCAAUUCUCCUCCUCUCUGGCCCCUCCACAGGCUGGAACAGUGAACCGUGGUAGCGAGGUCAUCGCCGCAGGGAUGGUGGUAAACGACUGGUGUGCCUUCACUGGGCUGGACACCACCAGCACAGAGCUGUCUGUCAUCGAGAGUGUGUUCAGACUGAGCGAGGCUCAGCCCAGCGCCAUCGCUACCACAAUGAGAUACUCUCUAAUUGACAGGUGAGUGAUCAUUUCUGACACCAUGAGAAACUCACAAGUUUUAGGCAUCGUCAUUCAGAGGUUGCUUCAUUUCCCUUUUCCACUAAAAAAAAUCUGUAUGAAAGGAAAGGUAGGGUUAAGAUUGAGCCCAAGAAACAGGCAUAGCCACUCCAUCCGUUUGUAAUGCAUAGUCGUCUUAUGUCACAGCGCGUGGCUUUUAGUUGUUGAAGCGGCAUUUGGCCCGUGGGCUGUAUGUUUGAGGCCCCUGCUUUCAUCCGUUUAGAGAUCCUACUUUUUUCACCAUCCGACUUUCAUAAAAUCAUGAGCGAUUUGCUCACGUUCAACACUUGACUCAGUCUAUGUUCUGAGUAGGCUAUUAAAGUUGCCAUACAGCCUCCUUUUCACCUCUUAUCAUGUGAUUUACCUGACAAUGAGGGUGCUCGAGUUGUUUGGCGAAUGCAGCCGACUAGACGAAAGUCGAUGAGUGAAGUCGGGGGAGGUGCAUCUGCGACAGCUGAAAGUCGGCCACUGUUGUGCUUUUCAAAUGGCAAGGCUCAGAUCAACAUGGCAGUGUCAAAGUAGUGCCAUUGUUUAAGAGUUUUUGUGUAAUUAUAUAUAAAAUAUAUAUCUCUAACCUCCAUACCACAGACUAACAAACUGAAAUCAUAUGUGUGUAUCCUACAUUGUACAAUGUAUAUAUUCAUUGUAUACAUUAAUUGUGGCAAAGUCGGUUCCUGUUUCAGUCACAUCUUUGGUCACGUUCGUGUGGGUCAAACAAAAACGCCCUAAUGAUUGGUUGACAAUGGAGCCUCCCACAAUGCAGGCGAUGGCUGCACUUUGAAGUUUUUGAGGAGCUGCAGAAACUUGCAGUCAACUUCAUGACCUUUGAUCACAUGAACAUUUUCUGAUAUCAAAAUGGGGUUGUGGGCCAAACAUUUUUGGGAACCCCUGCCCUACAGGGGUGGUUGCGGCCGAUGACGUAACAAAUCACCUUUUGUAGGCUGUUGGUUUUUUUGAAUGCGCAGAUAAGUGUAAGAAAAACUAUUUUGCUUUUUUACACUUAAAGAGGAACUGUCACCGUUUUAGCACCAUUAAAUCACAUACAAAUUGUUCAUAUACACUAGCCAUACUCAACAGGCGGACCGCGGUCCGGAUCGGGACCCAGAACGGGGUCAAUGCCGUUGACUGUAAUAGUACAAUAAACAAGGUGCGAUUUUGAAAUUUGGUAGUGCGUGGGCAGUUUUCCUCUGUCAUUCACUGACAGACCUUAGAGAGCUAUCAGAAAUGUCCAGUUGAUCAACUACUACCAGGCGGUGUCAGAGGAAGGCCCUCAAAAUUGUCAAAGACUCCAGCCACCCUAGUCAUAGACUGUUCUCUCUGCUACCGCACGGCAAGCGGUACCGGAGUGCCAAGUCUAGGUCCAAAAUACUUCUCAACAGCUUCUACCCCCAAGCCAUAAGACUCCUGAACAGCUAAUCAUGGCUACCCGGACUAUUUGCACUGCCCCCCCCACCCCAUCCUUUUUACGCUGCUGCUACUCUGUUAAUUAUUUAUGCAUAGUCACUUUAACUCUACCCACAUGUACAUAUUACUUCAACUAGCCGGUGCCCCCGCACAUUGACUCUGCACCGGUACCCCCCUGUAUAUAUAGCCUCCCUACUGUUAUUUUAUUUUACUUCUGCUCUUUUUUUUCUCAACACUUUUUUUGUUGUUUUAUUUUAACUUUUUUUGUUAAAAAUAAAUGCACUGUUGGUUAAGGGCUGUAAGUAAGCAUUUCACUGUAAUGUCUGCACCUGUUGUAUUCGGCGCAUGUGACCAAUAAAAUUUGAUUUGAUACUAAUCAAUGUUAACUAGAUAGCUGGUUAGCCUAACUUACCUAUCUAAAUCUUGUAGUUAUCAUAGCCAGAUUACGUGUCCAGGGGCCUCGACCCCAAGUGAGCCCCCAUUUUGAGUUUGUUGAGUCACUCGGGUAUCAUAUGAACACACAAGACAUGGCAAAAUAUGUAGAAUCGCAGGAAAUUAGCUUUAAAAUGGCAAAAUGUUCUCUCGCCAACAAGAGGGGUGAGGGUUGCGAGGUGGGGGUUUGUUACUACGCCGAUAAAUUACAAUAUCCAUCCGGGAACUUUGCCACCUAGGAAAGUUGUGUGACCGGACCUUCUCAAAUAGUAGUUGAGUAUCCCUGAUAUACACCCUCGGGAAGAAUGACACAUUUUAUGACCAGUAAGCACAUAAUGUGCUACUUUUCAUGUUUACAUAAAUUCAUAGAAUGUUUGGAAAUGAUGUAGAGUCUGGAAUUUGUGAAAAUUCUACACUGAACAGAAAUAUAAACGCAACAUGUAAAAUGUUGGUCCCAUCUUCCAUGAGCUGAAAUAUAAGAUCCCAGAAAUGUUCCAUAUUGCACAAAAAGCUUAUUUCUCUCAAAUUUGUUUACAUCCCUGUUAAUGAGCAUUUCUCAUUUGCCAAGAUAAUCCAUCCACCUGACAGGAAUGGUAUAUCAAGAAGCUGAUUAAACAGCAUGAUCAUUACACAGGUGCACCUUGUGCUCGGGACAAUAAAAGGCCACUCUAAAAUGUGCAGUUUUGUCACGCAACACAAUGCCACAGAUGUCUCAAGUUUUGAGGGAGCGUGCAAUUGGCAUGCUGACUGCAGGAAUGACCACCAGAGCUUUUGCCAGAGAAGUGAAUGUUCAUUUCUCUACCAUAAGCCGCCUCCAACCUCGUUUUAGAGGCAUAAGCUACGGACAAUGAACACUAUUGCAUUUUAUCUAUGGCAAUUUGUAUGCACAAAGAUACCGUGAUGAUCCUGAGGCCCAUUGUCCUGCCAUUCAUCCGCCACCAUCACCUCAUGUUUCAGCAUGAUAAUGCAUGGCCCCAUGUCGCAAGGAUCUGUACACAAUUCCUGGAAGCUGAAAACUGUCCCAGUUCUUCCAUGGCCUGCAUACUCACCAGACAUGUCAACCAUUGACCACGUUUGGGAUGCUCUGGAUCGACGUGUACGACACCGCGUUCCAGUUCCCGACAAUAUCCAGCAACUUCGCACAACCAUUGAAGAGGAGUGGGAGAGCGUUCCACAAGCCACUAUCAACAGCCUGAUCAACUCUAUGCGAAGGAGAUGUCGCGCUGCAUGAGACAAAUGGUGGUCACACCAGAUACUGACUGUGAAACGUGAAUGUGGACCAAUCCCUGACAACCCAUACAUCAAAACGUAGCUACGAAGCUUUACUUUGUAACCUGCUAUGUUUUGUUUUAUUUAGUGUCUCUGAAAACAUCUGAAUAAUUUCAGUCAAAAGAUGUCCGAUGACCGUGAAACACCCUCAGGACUUUCCCAUACCCUCCCAUACUUCUUGGCAAUACAGUGUCACAUCCAUCUUACUGAAAGGUUGAGGAAUACCCAUCGCAAAGAGCAAAUAUGAAGACCGCCGGUUUCACAAAAAGGGCUGUUCCACAGAUUUUAAUGUUCUUUGCGCAGCACUUGUUUAACAUUUGGGCUCAUAUUGCAUAAAUAUCAUACCAGUAUUGGGAUUUUUAGAAAUGGGAAACUGCCACUUAAAAAAAAAAUCUUUAUGUAUAUUGACAACCACAUUGACAUUUAGUGAAAACAGCGUUUUUUUGGGGGGGGGGGGGGGGGAUUCCCGCAUAGCUUCCCGCAUAGCUUCCAGCAUAGCUUCCAUUGUUUAUAAUAUGCCAUGCCAUUUAGCAGACGCUUUUAUCCAAAGCGACUUACAGUCAUGCAUGCAUACAUUUUUUUUUUUUUGUGUAUGGGUGGUCCCGGGGAUCGAACCCACUACCUUGGCGUUACAAGCGCCGUGCUCUACCAGCUGAGCUACAGAGCUGUUUGUCGUGUCACCUAACACCCUACUGAUAUUAAAUAAAACACCAGCUUGAAUUUGUUUAAUUUGAGGGACCUAAGAAAAUGUUUUGAAGCUCAUUUCCUGCAAUUUUACGUAGUUUAACAAGACUCAUGACAUCUUUUGGGUAGACUAGUUAAUGAUGAUAAUAAUGGAUAAGGAAGUCUCGACCCGAUUUCCCCAAAUGUUAUUCUGCUACCAUAUGUUUUAUGAUACUUUAUAUGAACCCUCAAUAUAAUUAUGCAUAUUCUCUUUUACAGAAAGUGAUUUGAUAGCGACAGUCACACAUUGUAUAAGAUUACUUCCCAGUCCAAUUUCUUUGGCUCCUUCUAGAGAAGGUCGUAGCUCAGCUUCUGAAUGGCAUGGAGACAAAUCAAAGAUAUUUCCAUGUGCAUCAGUCGCGUCUUCCUCUGGCAUUUUAUCGCUUGUUUCUAGCAUAAAGCAUCACAUAUUUAUGCUUUGUUUUAGAUGGGUAUAAACAAUCAAACUGUAAAAAAACGAAUGUUUGCCACUCAAAUCAAGGAAGGUCCCACCCCACGAAACGUUGGCGCCCCCUAGGUUGGGAACUCCUGAGCUAUAGUCUUAGUCACGUACUGCAUAGCUAGACUGUUGAGAUUCCCAAUUACUGCUUUUUUUCGUCGGUUUUUGUCAAAUAUUGAGUGAGUGAAACUGAAACGGUGCAUCGUCUGAAUGGCUGGAGGCAGCAAAAAAUGUACUAGCUGUGAUGUACAACCUGAUAGCAAUAUUUAUUAGACUACCUAGCGAUUUAUUGGUGAAUUUUAUUAAUCAUGCAUUGACUGCAUCCGUAUAAUUCUGCCAACAAUGCCUUGCUAUACACAUAAUGGAAUUAUUUGUCAAAUAUAACCUAUUUUUAAAACCUCAAGUUUGUUUUGAAGCAUAAAUGACAAAUUUGAUAUUUUGGACAGAUUAUGACAGAUAUUAUUAUCGGUUUGUUUCAUUUCUGCACAGUAGGUAAAAGUGUCAGUUACUCUUAAGUGUGUAUACAUUACUGUAUUUAUACUUGGGAUAUUGUUUUUCAAUGGGAAGUUCUAAAAUAACGUUAAGAUGCUGAUAGAUACUUACUGGAAUCUUUGACGUUAUACUGCUACAGCACCAUUUCUAAUAUGACAUUAUUUCUCUUUUCCAGCCUCACAUAAGAUGCCAUUCCGCCUUGAAUGAAAGGUUUAAGCCAUCUCUGAAAAACAGGUGCAGAACACUUGCUGUCAUCUGAUAUGGUUAACACGUUCCACGUUUUGCAUUGGAGAUUUAUGGGAUAUCAAUGCUAGACUUCAUAAUUCCUUAAAGACAUGCUCCGGUACUUUG